AGUUCAAUUUAGCAAUAUUUUUAGUACCGAAACUAGGGUGCGUUUAGCUGUCUGAUAGGUCAACAGCAGAUGAGUUUAAAUGUCUCUAUCAGAAGCUACAUUUUAGAAUCCAUAAAUAUUAGAGUUUGCUGAAGUGAUUGACAACUAGACGCGUGGCAGCGUUGUGGUGCACGCGGUGGUGGUGACUUGUGGUGUUGUUUACCUCUGCCAGCUACCGUACUGGGAACAACAACAACUGUCUUAAUAACAAUAACAACUACUACAAUUGCCAUACUGUGCGCGUUCGAUGAGGGAUGAGCCAUAGAGGUACUACAAUUCUUCGCGGCCUGCCGAACCGAGGGAAGACAAACUGAGGCUUCAAACAGGGAGUCUUUCUUGGCGAGGAGAGACAGGGAGUGAGGCGCCAGGUAGAGGUGUGCGAGGGGCCAACCUGCACCAGUGAGGAGGUGGUAACGCCGUGACGGACACUCAGGAGGGACAGAAAAGGUGUGGCAAGGAAGAUGUUUGGACGGCCGCGGGCAGGCGAGACAGAGGAGGACCUGAUGCGGCAGCAGGAACAGCUGGUGGCCCAGGGCAAGCUGCAGCCGUCUGUCAAGUUGGUCAGGCCUGACAAGCGCAAGACUGAGGAUGGCUCCCUGCCAGAGCCAGCAAACAAUGAUGCCCCAAGGUCCAAAUUUGCACAGGACCGAGCCAACAAGAAGAAGAAGGAAGGAAUCAAGGACCAGACUAUUUUGGCCGAGAGUGUGCACAGGAUACCCAGAGCAGCAGUGCUGGGUCGUGUGGUGGAACGAGAGGCAGCCCUGCGUCCCUCACCCGCCGGCCUGGCCCAGUGGUGCCCCCAGCCCAGCCCCCACGGCUUCCCACAGCCCAGGGCCCUCCACACCCUGGCAGAUGAUGGAACGGAAAACUCAGGCGUGACAAAAGGGAAGGGCAGGGUGAAGAAGUCUCUAUACAUGAGGGAGCUGGAGCGGCAGGGACUGGCUGGCAGGGGCAGAGUUCCCACCACCACCACCACCACCACUAACAACAACACAGCCCCACCAGCCAAACAGCCUCCAGACCCCAGCAUAGCAGCUCUUGGCAGCAGCAGCGUCAUCAUUCAAGGGGAUGACGUGCUGAAGGACAAAUCAGAGGUGGACAAGAUUCACCAGGAAAACUUGAACCGUCUGUCUGCCAUGAGUCACGAGGAGCGAAUGAGGGAGCGGGAGGAACUUCUCUCCUGCCUGUCAGGGGAGCAGAUCGCCUUUCUCCGCUCCCUCAGGCAAGGUAGUGGGAAGCAGGCCAGGGGGAGCAUUGAGGCAAAACCAGGGUGUGAAGUGACCCCUAUGGAAUGCUCUGAUGUGGAGGUACAGGAAAGGAAGGUAAAGGAAGAAGGCAUUGCUGGGAAGAUUGAAGAUAAUAGAGAUGGAAAACACACAGAGGAGAAAAUGAAAGUUGAGAGUCACGCUACAAGUGAAGAGGAAGAAAAGCAGAUUAAGUCAAUGAAAGAGGUUAAGAUGGAAGAGAACACAACACUCUCUGACUUGCCCAUAACACCACAGGAGGCUGAGAAGUGGGUGCAUAUGGACAAGGUGGAGAUGGAGAAGCUGCAGUGGAUGACAAGCAUGCCGCCACCUAAGCCACUCAAGGACAACGAGGGCUUUGUGGCAAGGUUCAAUUUCAAGGGCGACAUCCUGCCAUACAGUGCUGACAUCUCGUACCGCCAGGCACUGCACCACCACGGGGAGGAGCCAGGUCGGCCCGGCUACACCCUGGAUGAAAUCUUUGUGAUGGUGCGGUCACAGGUCCUGCAGCAGCGCCACCAGGGCCUCCAGAUGCUGGCCAACAUCUUUCGCAAUGCCAAGGAGGGACUGUAUGAUCACUGCACCAACCCUCCUCUGAUACAGCUGGCGAUAGAGGCAGGUGCUGUUCUGCUGCUGAGGUUUGCCCUGGAUGACCCGUCUCACCUGGUGUACCGCGAGGCAGUGAGAGGCCUGCAUCACUUGGUGGCAAGUGACCCUGAUGAGCUGUGCCUGGCCCUUGCCCACCCCUGGAUCCCUGGUGACCUGGAGCCAGGGGUGGCCAGCGAGGUUCAUGCCAGUGAUAAGACCCGACAGGAGCUGGAUAAGGAAGAGCAGGACCUUCGAGACCAUGAAGUGAUUAAGCUCGAUGUGGUUCGUGCCCUCGUCAGGAUGGACACCCUCGUUAGGCUCAGAUACUUACUGGAGAAAGUGCAGCCUGAAGCACAAACCGUCAUUGACAUCCUGGGCGUUCUCACCCGCAUGGCCAGACACUCCCUCACUGCGGCCUGGAGUCUGGCGUCCACCCCCAAGCUACUCUCCAUCAUCCUGGACUCCUUCCUCCCCCACAAUGUGUCAUCACUUCUCACUGGCACAUCUGUUGCCUCCAUGUCCUCUGUGUACGGCGUGCCCCUCAGACACGCCCUCCAGAUGCUGCGGGUGUUGGCUGCCAAGGGGCGGCAGUUGGCAGCACUGCUGGUGAACACAUACCAGGUCAUGGACCGGCUGCUGGUGUACGUGUCCAUGGAGCCCAGUGAGGUCAGUCUGCCGCUGCAGGAGGCACUCAUGUUGAGCCAGGAGGCAUACUCCUUGUGGUCUGUCUUGCUGACGUAUGGACUCACCAAGCCAGUGGAAGCAGUGGCCAGCUUCUACCCAAUGUUUGUAAAGCAGCUGGUCUUCUACCGGGACAAGGUGCCACUCAACCAGGAGCAAGAGAACAACAAGUUCAACUAUGACGUUGGAGCGCAGAUGGUGGCGGUGCUGGGCCGGGCUGUGGAGGUGGCUGCCACUCACUCCCUGCUGGAGGCGCGGGCCAGGCUGAACCAGGGCACGGUGGCUGAGGCUGACGGCAAGAUGGUGGUCCUGCCACCCCCGCCGCUCACUUGGGCACACCUGCAGGACCUGCCUCACCUAGUGGAGACCUGCCUGGCCAAGUGGCUUUCACAGCUGGCGCGGGAUGAUUGCCGCCCCACGUUCUCUGGCCUGAGGCUCAUUGGCAGCUGCUGCACAUUCCUCAUGGCUUACUACUCCCGAUGGAAGGACCAGACCUCAUACAACCACCAAGAAUGUCUGGCUAGGACUGAAAAUUUGUACAAUACCAUCAUUUCCCCGUUCAUCAGCUCCCCUGCCUUCAUGAAGCUGUUGGCCACGCUGCCCCACCACUCCUCCCUGUGCAGUAGCCUGCAGCCUGGCACAUCACGGGACCCCAUCAACUUGGGCUCCCUAGGCUGCAUCACCCUGGGAGGGACAGUGGUGCCCCUGAUCCAGCCAUCCUCACCCUUCCCUCUACUGGUGCCCUUCAGUAGCCUCCUCCUGACCCUGAACACCCUGCACCCUGCCCUCAUACACCCCACACCAGACAGACUGCUGGAGUCUGAGCAGAUUGCCACAUACCUGGAGAAGCUGUGUGUGUCCCCCCGUCACCUUGCUCCUCACUGGCUGACCCGUGCUGAGGUGUAUUUCCUUGCCAACAUUCUGCAGCUGGCUGGCACCUCAGGAAGUGUUGGCAGUGCAAGGAAGGUGUUGUUCCAUGAAGCAGCUCUGUCUCUCCUGCCAUGCAUCCAUAAAGGGGAUGAACACCUGCUCAAGGAACUCCUCAUUAAGGUGAUAUGUGUGCCUGAGUUCACCUGUGACCUUGCAGAGGUAGCACAAGGGAUUGAUGACAUGAGCUUGAGUGACUACGAGCCCCUCAAAUCCCCAGCCCUCCACCAGCCUGCUCUCAAUGCCUCCCAGAUGACCUCCAGUGUCUUCCAGUCCCUGGCCUCCAUUGGGAAUGAACUUGCCUCUGCUCUGGUGACCAAGAAGGAGUUGGCAGCAAGCUUAGUCCUGGCUGGCCGAGUGCCCUUUGCCACAAACAGCAUCACUAUCAGCCAUGUGGAAGACCGUCUCAUCCUGGACCAGUUCUGGCCUCUUACACCCCUCAAGUAUGCCUUCAGGGACAGAUGGAAGCCACAGAAGGAAGGGGAAAGCACCCAAUCCAAGCCUGAGGACAUCCUGACAGUGACACGCUGCCUUCAGAUGGCCUACAUGGGUCUGAAGCACCGGUCACGCAUCUUGCUUCCUCCAUCAGCCUCCUCUCACUCCUCCUGGCUUCAGCACCUUUCUCUGGCCUUCCUGUCUGCUAGCGACCUUUUCCUUGACCCAACUAUUAGCUCCUACCUCCAGGGGUGUGUGGUAGAGCUGCUGAGGAGAGGAGGCUAUGCUAAAAUGACACUGCAGCAGCCCAUUGAUGGUUUCUCCUCCACAUCUGACUGGUACCGCAGCCUGGUGGACCAGUACCAGGCAGUCUCCUAUGGCGACUCCACCUUUGCCCUGUUUCUCAUUGUGCCUCUGCAGCAGCACUGCCCCAAGGAGUUCCGCACUACCCUGUGGGGGGACGCGUGCAAUGCCCUCCAAUUCCUGUACUUGAGACCAGAACAGGUGAAGCGUUUCAUCCCCUUGGAACAGUUCCUGGCACCACCUGAGGAAGAUGAGGGCCUCAUCACCAGGUACCGUGCAGCAAUUGGCACCAGCACCAUUACUGCCAAGAGGAAUCCACUCAUGCACACCAUUGCAGAGCAUCAUGCACACCUCUUCCUCAGCCAUGCUGCUGAGAUGAGGUGAGGCUGUUGGCCCCCCUCAUGACAGGUUACACUCGCACUCAUCACCACCUCAUCAUUCUCAAGAAGGUUGUUACUCAGGGUGGUUUCUGCCGCAGUUACAGGGACUGCCACGUGUAGGCCUGAUGGCUUCUUGCAGCUUCCCUUAUUUUCUUAUAUUCUAUUUCCUUUCAAAAUUUCUCUCCUCUCACUGUGUGCAUCUUAUAUAUCAAUAUUUUUUAUCUUUCAUUUAUUUAUUUAUUUUAUUUUAUCAUUUUAUUUUAUUUAUUCAUUCAUUCAUUCAUUUAUUUAUUUAUUUAUUUAUUUAUUUAUUUAUUUAUUUAUUAUUAUUAUUAUUAUUAUUAUUAUUAUUAUUAUUAUUAUUAUUAUUAUUAUUAUUUAUUUUAUUUAUUUAUUUAUUUAUUUAUUUAUUUAUUUGUUUAUUUAUUUAUUUAUUUUUAUUUUUUUAUUUAUUUAUUAUUUUUAUUUAUUUAUUUAUUUUUUUGUAAAGCACAAGUGGUGACAUUUUGUUAGUCACAUAAAGUCAACUUUGGGGCGUUUCCGUUGUGAUCACCCUUUGUUAGGCACUUACUAGAGGGAAGGUGUGAGGCAGCUUGGUGAUGUCAUUGUUCAGUGUGAAGCAGGAUUCACCAGCAGUCCUCUUGUGACCUGUGGUGACUUGCUCUGCCUGUGUCAUGAUGUGAUGAUGGUGGUGACCCUUAGAAACAGCAGGCAAGGAACAUUGUAACUCUCUCUCUCUCUCUCUCUCUCUCUCUCUCUCUCUCUCUCUCUCUCUCUCUCUCUCUCUCUCUCUCUCUCUCUCUCUCUCUCUCUCCUUAGGAGCAGAACUCCACAAAAAAAAAAAAAAACAGCAUUAUCAAUUUAUUCAUCUGAUAUCCACUCUUGAAACAAAGGAUGAUAUACAAAAUAGCAGUACAUCAUAUUCUUGGUGUCUGAGAAGCAGUCCCCAUGUGUGUGUGUGUGUGUGUGUGUGUGGUAGGUGGAGAGAAGUAUGAAAGUUUUGUACAGGGAUCAUUAGGUCUGCUGGCUUCUUGUGGCUUCCUUGUGUUGUGUGUUGCUGUGUACCUGCUGGUGGUUCUGCUGAAGGGGGAGAGUAGGGGGUGCUUCCUGUGAUAAAUCUGUAUACUGCACAUAAACUGAGUACAGG